AUGACCGAUGUCCUUGAUCUCCUUCGGACUGCUGCGAGCUCUCCGCAUGCCCUCACCUUCGUUGGCGCCCAACCACCUGACGGCGCCGGCAGCGCCGCAGCUUCCUCCAGCUUUGCAGCGCAAACACGCUCGUACGAUGACCUGCUCCGGUGCUCGCGAGGUCUGGCAUCGCACCUCGCGGCUGCUGAAGGCACCAAGAGAGGCGACAUCGUGCUGAUCCACGCUGCCACAAGUCACUGGGUUGCGUUCGUAGCCUGGUGGGCGUGCCAGUGGCUCGGCGCCCUGCCUUGCCCGCUCCCGCUGCCGCAUCCCGAUCCGAACCGGCAACAAGCGGUCAUCUCGCACCUCUCUGCGCUCUUCGACAAGCCGCUCGUUCUGGCCGCGAGGGACGACAUGGCCUCGUGGGACGAGUGCGCCCUGCGAGUGACCACCAUCGACGGCUUUCUCUGCCCGUCGGCGAUCGACUUGCACGGCGAGGACCUACCUCUGCUCUCCCGCCGCGAGCACGAUGUCGCAGCUCUUAUGCUGACGUCUGGCUCCACUGCCUUGCCCAAGGCCGUGCAGCUGACGCACGCGAACAUGCUAGCUGCCGUGCGCUCCAAGGCCGCUCGCCUGAACACGGACAGCUCGACUCGCUACCUCAACUUCAUUGCGCCGGACCACGUGGCAAACCUGACGGAGAUCCAUCUGGCCGCGAUGCUCCACGGUGCCGCACAGGUACACGUCCGAUCGGCAGACAUCAUCGGCCGGCCUCUCCUGCUGCUCGAGCUCGUCGAUGCCUUCGCGAUCACGUACACAUUUGCGCCGAACUUCCUUCUCGCGCAGCUGCUGCUUCGACUGGACGGCGAGCACAGGGACGGCACGCGCAGCAACACCACAGCGCCGUCCCUCCGCACACUCCGAGUCUUCGUCAGCGGCGGCGAGGCCGUGCCCCACCGCACGGCGGUGCGCUUCAACGAGCUCUGCCUCAAGCUCGGCGCAGCCUCCGGUCCGCUCGUUGCCGGCUUCGGCAUGACGGAGACGAGUGCCGGAUGCAUCUAUCGCGCUGCGGGCAGCCCUGCUGACGUCGGGCUCGACAAUGCGCCAGUCGGCCUCGCAUAUCCCGGCCUCGAGGUGCGCCUGCUCGCCGGCGACUAUCUGGCCGCGCAUGACGGCCUCGAGACCGGCGAGCUAAUCCUGCGAGGGCCAUCGAUCACCCGUGGCUACCUCGGCAAUGCUGAAGCGAACGCAGAAGCAUUCACUGCCGACGGCUGGUUCCGCACGGGAGAUCGAGCGCGCAUCUCCGCAGACGGAGUCGUCUCUCUGGUCGGCCGAUCAAAGGAGGUGCUCAACAUCAACGGCGUCAGCGUAGCCUGUGCAGACGUUCAGCGAGGCAUCGAGGAGAGCCACAUCGAUGGCGUGCAGAACACCUUCACGGUCGUGUGCCCGUAUCGGCCGGCGGACGCCGCGACCGAGUCCUAUCUCGUCGCCUUCUUGCCGUCGGACCCAGCCAACGUGCUCGAGCCAGUGCUGCAGGUUGAACGUGCAGCGUGGCUCGCCGCAGGGCAUCCACCGCUGGCCGUGCUGCCUCUCGACCGCAGAGAGCUCGGCAAGAGUGCACUCGGCAAGAUCUCCGGCGCACGCAUCGCUGGCGCUUUCGCUGCGGGCUUGUACAGAGACCUCGAGGCCGUUCUCCGGGAGGCGAAGCGACGUCGCCUUUCCGUGGAGAGCGCCAGUGCGAAGCCGCGCAGCGCAUUCGAGACCGACAUGGCCGCAGCGGUGCAGCAAGUCCUUGCCCUCGCCGACCCGCCUUCCUGCACUGCGAGCUUCGUCGAGCUCGGCUGCUCAUCUCUCGCUCUUAUGCGGAUGCGCUCUGCGUUUGCCAGCAUCCUCGGCCGGAAGGACUCGGACUUGCCCGUGACGCAACUCCUGCGGCAUCCCUCAAUCAGAGAGCUUGCCAAGAGCAUGGCGUCAACAUCACUCAUGACGGAUGGAGCGAGCUCUGAGGAGCCGGCCGAGCCCUACGAUCCCAUCGUGCCGCUGAGCACGUCGGGGCAUGGCACGCCGCUAUUCCUCAUUCAUCCCGGCGUGGGCGAGUGCUUGGUCUUUCUGAACCUGGCCAAGCGCUUCCGCGGCGAGCGUCCGAUCUUUGCGCUGCGAGCACGCGGGCUGGGCUCGGAGCCGAAAGACGUCGACGCCUCGGGUGCCUCACUGACCCCCUCCGGCUCUUUCGCACGCUUCGACGACAUGUGCAAGGCGUAUGCGGCCGCCAUCGUGGCGACGCAGCCACGCGGGCCCUAUGCGGUGGUUGGCUACUCUUUCGGCGGUGUCGUGGCGUUCGAGAUCUGCAAGCUGCUCGAGGCACAGGGCCGCGAUGUCAAGUACACCGGCCUUCUCAACAUUCCGCCGCACAUCAGCUGGCGCAUGCGGCAGCUCGACUGGGACGAGAUUGCGGUCAACCUGGCGCUGUUCCUCGGUCUCGUUCCCUCGGAAGACGUCGAGCCUCUGCGGCUGCACAUCGCGGAGAAGAGAGAGCUGCGGCAGCUGGUCGUCGACCUGCUGCGCCAGACCGCUCCGCCGGCGCGCCUGCUAGAACUAGGUCUGGACGCUCGCGCUCUGCAUCGCUGGAUCGACGUCGCAGCAGAUCUGGCACGUUCGGCGCAGGUCUAUGAGCCGCAGGGCAAGCUCGCGUGCGCCGCCACCGUCUUCGUCGCCGUGCCGCUCGCCGGCCUCGGCACGCGUGAGGAAUGGCGACGCAAUCAUCUCGACGCGUGGCAGCAGUACGUCAACGGCCCGCUGCGCUUCGUCGAUGUCGACGGUGCACACUACACGAUGCUCGACGACGCUCACGUCGAGUCCUUCGCCGGCUGCCUGCGCAAGGAACUCAAGCUCGCCGGCGUGUGA